CUCUGCGUGCAAACACACGCACACACCGCCAGCGCCGCUUGCUCCGCCGUCUCUCCCGCCCGGCGCCGCAGAGAGCUCCGCACGUCGUCGAUAACGCGCGCCGCGCAUCGGCCGGGCUCACCGCCGCGCGGUUUCUUUUCCAUCUUUGCUUGUGUUGGUGUGCGUACGAAGUUGUCGCACACGGCAGGCCCAUGAUUAACACCUUCUGGAAUCUGUGCCGCGCCUGCCCUAUACCGGCAGAGAGCAAGUUGCACGCUGAGUACAAGAGGAGCUUUGCGUGGCAGCCAGGGCAUCUAGAACCAGCAGGAAAUGUUGUCGUGAAGCCGCCAGAUGCAACUUCUCUGGAACCAGCACUCUCAAGGAAGAAGAAGCACCCGGAGGUAGCAUAUCGAACGAGCGACAUCUUGGGCACCGACGGAAGUCACCACCAGGCGGCAGCAACAGGAUCAGCGGACGCACUUCACCGUGACGACAACGACCACUGCUACAGGGCAAGGCCGGGGGAGCGUUCGAACAAAUCCAAGGUGGGUUCCCGAAGCAGAUCUGCAGACCCCAGCCUUGGCCGUGGCAGGCCUGUCAUGAGCAAAGAAGAGUGUUGUGCGGAGGGCCCCAUGAAUGGGGGUUGUGAUGGCGCCAGCCCAGAGAGCCAUGGUGAUGAGGCUCCUUGUAAGACAAGCGAGUACAGGGCUGCCUUUGCCUGGCCACCGAAGCCUUCUCUGCCUCCAGCCACCAGGGAUGUCGUCGAUGGUCCACACCGAGCUGAGCCGAUGGAGAGGUUGUUGCCUCGAGAUGACACCUCCCAUGAAGCCAAAAAAACUACCAAGAGAACUGAGUACAAGGCAAAGUACAAGCCUUUCUCAUCAUACAUGUACGUCGAUGGCAGCUGGAAAAAGCCAAAGGCUACCACAUCAGAGGCUCCUCCUGUGGUGGACCCAAACCAGUGGUACACAGAGGUGGUGGAGCGGCUGCACAUGGCCGACGAAUACCGCAUCCGGUCACGUGCUGGUGCGCUGCAAACGGCGGGGCCGACUGCAUUACACGGGACAACGCUGUGGGCCAAACUGGAUUCCAGUGCCAGCCUCGCUGCCUUGGCUCUUGCUCACACGCCUAGGCUAGGAUCUGCAAGGAUGCCUCCCCGGGAACGACCUGCUCCAGCUUCUGUCCAUCGAUCUCAGUCUGCUAAGAGGAGAGAGAAGACAGAUGCUGAGGCUGGCCGUACCACUGAUACUUCCGAGAAGAAAAGCCCCACAAAAGCAGUGUCUCCAGUUAAGGCCGAAGCAGGAAAUCAACGCAAGGCUUCUUCAGCAGCCAAGACUGCUGCCGCAGCUCGGCAAAAACAGACGUCACCAAAAGCACCAGUAAAGCAUGAUGACGAUGGAGCAAAGACACCCGCUUCGUCACGAACCAGAGCUGCUUCAUCACCACCCCAAAGGCGCACACCAUUGGCAGAGGCUGACAAGAAGGAUGACAAGAAGACAGGGGCUUCAAGACCUCGGCGUCCACUACAAGAGAGUGCGGCACCUCCUGCUGCGAAACCUCGGGCUGUGGUCCGGCCAGCAUCAGCUGCUGUCAAUGAGCAAGACGGCAAGAUCUGGCUCAAACCACAGGGCAAGCCAGAGGGUGAGGAAGCGGUCGGCAAGGAACACGAAGGGACAGGCAAGGCAGAGGAUGCUGGCGGUGGUGAGGAUGGUGUGCUAGUGCCCCCGGCAACGACACCGGCCGAGAGUGUGGAGGCAGCCACUCCCGGGUCUGGCUCGGAGCGCAAGUCGGAUGCGGUGCGCCCCAGCAGCCUGCCACCCAUGAAUGGCUCCAGCGCCAGCUCUUCGGCCCUGGCUUCAGCCGACAUGGCCAGCCCAUCGCCACUGCCAGAGCCCCAGUCUGGGCCCGUGCCGUUAACAACAGUCAAGUCGCCAGAGGAGGUGACGGGGGUGAAGUCACCUGACCCUGAAACUUGGACGGUUCCUCUGGACACUGGCAGAGGCCUCGAGUGGACUGAUGGCCAGUCACCAGCUGGUGACUGGCCAGGGAAGGCUAAGAGCACUGCUGUACCCAUUAUAGACACUGCCCCAAAGCCAACGCCUGCACCAAAAAUGGAGUCUACCAUUCCUGAAGGCAAGGUGGACCCAAUACCAAAGGCGGCACCUGAAGAAUCCCCUCACAAGGCAGCUUCAGAGGAUCCGGUCAAGCCACAGCCGGCUGGUCAGGCGGGCGUGGAUGUCCUCGACAAGGCCCGAAAUCGCCUCGAAGAGUUCUGGGUCACUGGAAAGUGAGACGGCGACAUGUGCCGAGAAGUCCACCUCUGGGGGCCCAGUUGCCUCACCGCGGGGUGAGAGCACAAUGAAAAGAAUGCUUUGCGGCACAGCCAAUGUGCACACAGGGAAGCCGGGUUUGGUUUCCAAGACAUGUGUUCUUGGGUAGCGUGCUUAGCCUAGCUUUGUCUUCCGUCAAUUUCUCUCCAAUCUUCCCCUUUCUUUGUGUGUGUGUGGGUUUUUUUUUUUUUUUUUUUUUUUUUUUUUACUAGCUCUGCCUCACCACUAGGGCCAUACUUUCUAAUCUUAUCAAAAUGGCAGGCACGUCACGCUGGUGGCACAGACAUUACACUCUAGAAAAGGUUUAAAGCCAUUGGAGGCAUACCUUGUCCCCAAACAAUAAUCAUCAUCUGCCUUGCUUGUGUUUCCUUUCUUGAAAAGUCUGUGUCUCGCUUAUAAAGCAUGCUGUUAGUGACCUGAAAGUGCCGGGUAUGCAGUGUUAGAGAAAGGAAAGGUACGCAAGGUAGAUGACAAUUAUUGUUUGAGAACAAGGUGUAUCAAAGCAUGAAGUUAUGGACAGGAGCGAGUAAGGGGCAACCUGUGUAUGUGAUAUGUACGUUCUAUUGAAAGCUCCUGAUGACCGCUGCUUAUGUGAGCUCCUGUCAAGGGAAGCGCUAGAAAUAUUGAGACAGAUACUUUGUAGCCGCAGGUAAAACCACACAAAAAAGAAAGGAGAGGUCCAAGAGAGGAGGAAAAAGGCUCGUCAAGGGGACUGAGAGGGCACAAGUUUGUGAGCUGACUUCGUUUCCAAGACAUGGUUGUUAAUGCUUUCAUGCUACUGUUCACUGUUCUGUUUUCUUGUACAGCAGUAGUCUUGUCACAAGUCACUCACUUCUUUCUCUACAUGUGUGAAAGUGCCAGCUCGCAUCAUCGGUCUCUCGCAAUGCUGCAUUUUGUUCGUGAUCAUCUAUGCUCUCGUCAGAACUCACUCACCGCCUUUCUGAAGCAAGACGGAUGAUUUCCUCUAGCACUGAUUUCAGAAAAACUGACGUGGGUACACGGUUAUAUUGUCACUGUCAUGCACUCGCCGAAAGCAAAGUUAGACUGCCCGGUUGCAAAAUCUGCAAGCUUGGUGCAUUUUCAUUAAGCUGCUCUGCAUGUUUUGCAACAAGCCAUAAAGUGCAAGAAAAAAAAAAAGAAAAGAUCCUCAAACAUUCAUCUAUCCGGUUAUCAUUUCAAGCAUUUUAAAAUGUGAUCAAUUGGAAUGUUGCAUCACCUUUGUCUUCUUUUGUAGAAGGCAGCUGCGAAGCAGAUGCAUAAAAUGCCCAGUUUUCAUUGAUAACCACAUCUAGUCUCUCUUCAUUGCUUUUUUUUUUUUUUGUGCUGUGCUUAAAAGCUUCUCGCUCCAUUUCUUUUUGUGCAAAGGUCUUGCACAUAUCUGUUCCUUAUGCACAGCAGCAUGUGAAGGAGAGCGCACAGUUUAUGUCUGUAAUGUAGCCUAUGGUUUCUGUAGCAUUAAGAGUGCUCAUGAAACUCUUCUGGCUGUAUUUAUUACUGGUUGUAUGUUCUGCAUGUUAUGUUAAUCAUCUUGUCAAAUAUGAAGCUUGGUUGAGGUGUUACUACAUUAAGGUGCAGCUAUUUAAAUUGACUUGUAUAAACGUGAACGCUGGUGCAAGCUAUCACUUGAAUCCUCUUCUCUAUAGUUAGAUAAGCAGAAAAUUUGGCCCUUAACAUAGUUAGCUUCUGGUUUAAAUCGUAUAGAACUGUUGUGUAUAUUGGCACAGAGGUGCCUGCUGACUUCUACAGCACAUGCUUUUCUUAAAGGGACGCUAAAGCGAAAAAUUAUUUCUUCUGCAUCAGUAAAUUACCUUUCUACAACACCAAAAACACCACUCUUACAACAAUAAGACGUUUGGUAAGCCAGAAAAAGCACAAGAAUGAAAUACGGGUGGCGACGCCUACUUGAGUUCCUGCACCUGGUGGCUGUGACGUCUUGGAUGUUGAUGGCGUCUUCUAGCGCCUGCUAAUUAUAUACUGCGGUACAGAUUGACUACAUUGUGUUCUAAAGGAACCAAAUAUUAAACAUGACAAGUUUCGGGAACCUUUACUCGGCCAACGCGGCCCAAAUGCAAAAACAUACUUUCGAAUCCCUGACGUCACACUGACGUACUGGCGCUGGGGUAUCGGCGCGAAAUUCAAAUAUUGAUACUUGGACCUUCGUUUUCUUAUCUAAUAAUCAAACUAUUUUUUUUGAAUGACUGCCUGCAGGGUUCUCAAACAAUGCUUCAUUAGUCUAAAGUGAUUUAUUGUUUCGCUUUAGUGUCCCUUUAAGUUGACACUACUACAGAUAAAGUGCUGUUUGAUUGUUGUCAAGUUGAUUCUACAUCUAGAGUAAUAUAAAAUGGAGAGUUAAUCUCAAUACCAUGUAGGUAUACUUGCUACUGCUGUAGUAAAAUGACGGGCUGUUGAGUUUUAGUAUUCAUUAUAAAUUAUUCAUUUAGUGUAACUGAUAUUUUGCUAUCCAAAAUAGGAAAGGAUUGUGUGGUGUCAUCUAUAGCUUUAUACUUUAUAUUCGUCUUGAAAGCAUAUAUUAUAUUGAAACAAGUUUUAUGUGGAUCUUACCUAGUAGUUCGCACUUCUCAUUUAUGAAUUGCUGUUUUACAUUGUAGAAGAUGCUCCCUCUUGUAAUGUAUUUUAGUGUGUGUUACUUUUUGAGAUAAUUUUUUUAGAACUUGAUUGUAGUGGCUAUAUCAUGGUGUAACGCAGCCAUUGAGCUUAGGACUGGUGGUUUUACGUGCACAAAAAUUGGUUGAUCCUUAUUCUUUUUUUUUUUUCUCCAAGGUGAUAUGCAACUUCUCUGCUGAUAUUUUGGUGACUGUCAUUAAGUCUACAUGUAUAUCACUCUGUGCCGUCUGCUUGUUGAAUAUCUAGUAAGUCAUAAACUGUAAUAAGUUUAAAAAGGUACUUCAUUGCACAUGGGUUGAUUUUACACAGCUUCAAUGUGCUGCAUAGUACACAAAUCCUAUUGCUACAGCAAACUAAUAAUUUACACAUUGUGUCAUAGUAACUGGGCUGCACUGUUUAAACAUUUAAAUAUCGACAAUUUUCUAAUCUGUUACAAAUUUGUAUUCAUGAAUUUGUGCAGAGAGAAACAUGAGCAAAAAUACAUUGUCAUUUAUAGUGCAUAUGUUGUUACCAACAGCUUUUUAGAAAAAUACUUUAAUGUGUUAAACGCUUUGCUUUCUCACAGCUGGAAAUGGUUCUUGUGUACGAGCGCAUUGACAGUACACAUUGUGCAAAUCCAUAUCCUAAGCUACUUGGGAACUUAGCCUGACUCGGUGUGUUGUGCUGAUAACAAGCAGUCGGUGAAACGUCAAGCAGGAACUGCUUUUGUUCUUACAGCUCCUGUCAUUUGUAUUUCUUCACGCAUGCUUCAGAUUUGCACCCGCUCAAACAAGAAGCUUGCGAGGGCGGGCUAAUAUCCUGCUGGCUUCUUCAUUAUAAGUUGAGGGUCACUAUUUGUAAGCACGUCUGGCAGUAAGGGUGCAUCAACGCUCAGAUACGUAGGGUGCUUUCGCAGAUAUCUGUGGAGGAAGGAAGGAUGGUAGCAAGUGAUUGGAGGGUGGAUUUAACCUGGCAGCAACGUUCCCCAGUUUAUCACACAUCCUGUCUGAUCUGAUUUUGGAGGUUUCAUGCCCCUGCCUUUUACGGUUCCUUGACACAUCAUAGAUGUCUUGCAUUCAUUGUAUUUUGAACCAGCUUAGCACAGUCGUUGACAUGGAGCUAUGGAGUCUGUGUCUUAUUCUACUUUAAAACUGCUCACUUGUUAUUGUAAAAAUGAUUGGCUUUGUACGGGCAGUUCUUGCACAUAUGAGAGAUUACUAGUGGACUGCUCUGCUUGACUCAAGAAAGCUGCACACAGUGCACUUACAGUCAGCCCGAAAAUGAAGUGUGAUCACAGUGCCCUGCAACAGUUUGCUGAGCAAGUGCUACUAGGUUAUCCCUGAGUCAAGCGACCAAUGUGCAUGACAGCUUGCAAUUUCAACUUGAAUCACACCAAUCUAAUUUUGUCAACAAUCUAGCAUUGAUGUUUAUAUGGCAAAUGGUCGCCUGCGGUCCCGCUCGAGUUUCAGAUCUAGAUGGCUGUACACAAGUGUACGCGCAGUCCAACUGGCUGACCCUUCAGUCGGCAUUUUGUCGUACGCAAUGCCGUUGCAUAUGUACAAAUUGUAAGGCGCACUCUUUCUCGGUCUCCUACUUACGAUCGAUGAUGUACCAACGUCAAUGUGUGUUGGAUAGAACAAUGCCAAAGAAAGAAAAAGAGUCCCCAUUUGACCAUUUAGGUGUUACGUGAGACAUGUUUGUCGGUGGGGCACCAAGUCCAUUUGAACUUGGAACCGUUGCUAACGUAGCCCAAUGUUGUCAUUUGCUGCUCUGACGUAGUAAGAGCAUGCUCUUCUCAUUAGAGCCAGAAGUCGUACUGCGAGGCUUUGUUUAGUAUUAUAGUAGUCGGGUUACAGUGUGUUUAUUGUUCUACGAUUAUAGUUGGGUAUACAUGGUGUUUUAUUAUUUUGCUUGGAUUAAAUUUGUUGUCUUUUCAGAAAUGAACUUUAGCUUAGAUCCCACUCUUGAGAAAACGAUGUUUCUUUUGAGUGUUUGUCCCCUAUCCCCACCUCCCCACUCCGAAUGUCCGGGUUAUUGUGUUGAAACUGUAACACAUAGGCAUUCUUCUAGGUGAACACAAACCAAGUAUAUUAAAUCAGUGUGUCUUAAAAAUGAGAUAUUGAAGUGGCGUCUGUGAGUACUGGUCAGCAAUGCAGAGGUCUCUAUUUUUCUUGCUGAAGGAAUGCAGGCCACGAUAAGCUGCUCUAUAUGUGCCCUUUUCCUCUUUGUUGUUUUACAUGUAGAUUUUCAGUAUUUAUCAUUUAGCUUAUAAAUACACCAAAGAAGCAAGGUAUUACAGGGCACUUUUCUAAGCUAGUGUUUUUAUUUGUGAUAUGAUUAUUUUUUCUGUCUCUAGUGGUAUUAUCAAUUGUUGCAGUAACUUUAUGUGUGGGUGGCCAGUGCAUGUACUCUGGUGGUAUUGUGGUUUUCCAACCUGUGUCGCUGCCUGUCAGAGUUGUGAGCUAAUAGGAAUGUGAGAUUAUUUAGUCUGUAUUCUAGAAAACAUUGUUGAACCUAGAUUUAUAUUCAAAUGUUUAGAUCUUUAUGCACGUAAGGCAGUAUAAAACGAAAACAGCUGUGUUUAUUGGACAUGUUUCUCUAACAAGUGCUUGCUAUGACCAGCAAUUUUGCUAACAGCUUUUCGUAAUGUCUAGCGUUAGAGUACAUUAGAACUGCCAUGCAGUUAUUAUCACAUGGUAAGGCUAGCUUGAAGGAUUAGACUUGGCACAGCAAAUUGUCACAGUGCUUAAUGAAAUAUUCAAGUAGCUAAAGCAAUUUGAACUCUAUCGUGAAGUACACUAUCAUGUGAAAUUAACUGAAGAACAGCAGGUCCUGGUUUUAAAGUUUCACAUUGGGAUGUGAUAGUCCCUGAAAUUUUGGGAUGUGCAUUGUGUUUCAGCAUGUACAUGUGCUUAUAGCCCUUGAUAAGUUGCACUGUCCUCCUCAAAUAAGUGUCCCGCAUAUUUUCUUUUAUCCUGAAUGAACAAAGCUGAUAGAAUGUGCCAAGGUGAGAAAUAAAUGAAAGGGAGAGGCACAUUGCUCACAGAGCAUUCUGCCAAGGAAUACGAGAGUUAAUGGUGUUGAGGAGCGAAUGGGUUUAGUUGUUGCGAGUGUAUGUUAACAAACUGAGUGAGUGAGCUUGCAGAAGUGUGUCACAUUGCCGUGUUAAGUCAUUCUGGGUAGCAGUUGUAAGACCUGUUGUCUGGCUCCGUACGUCCCUUUGUUUGCUGCUCGUGCGAAGAAGCACUUCGGCAGGUGUGCAAUAUUGCUGUAGACUCGCGAUAAUUGAAACUCCAGUUCUUCUCAAUUAUCAGUUGAUUGAAGCAGAUCUAAAGAUGUUAGUUGGCCUGCAUUGUUUUCAAUGCAUUCCAAAGCCACCUUGUUCAUCUCGAGUCAAUGAUUUCAAUUGAUGCAAACUUUCUGGCUUUGUGCAUAGCAAAACAGCCAAAAACAGCCGAUCAGAGAACACGUAUGAAUAGCCACAACAUGGCCACGUUCAGCACCUAGGCUGCUAUUUAUGUGGACAGGCACCACAAAGAAGUAACUCUACUGAGCCAGUUGCCUCGAAUACAAAUUUGUUGUACUAUAUUGUAUGUUUCUGUUCUGUUUCAUUCAUAUUUCUGUUUGAGUCAUGCAUCUGUUUGAGCACAACUGGGAGUGAGACAUUUACAUUUGUAUAACAAACCAUAAUUCUGUUUUGAGCAUACUUCAUUCAACUUCGGAAAGUCCAAUUCUUUGAUAAUUUAAAUGAAAAUCUGCUGUCCCUAAGAGUUGGGAUAUAUGCAGGCUUACUAUAUUAGAUAUGUGAAAUUUUUUUCCAUUGUUAGUGGUUAAAUACAUUGAGGCAUUAUUGGCAGAUCUGUAGAGGUAUGAUAUUGCAGAUUCUCCUGUAGGAGUCUAUAUUUUGUCGAGACCCAUAUCUGUAAAGGGAAAGGUGUAGAGAAUCUUUUGGAUCAGUUGUUCUGUAGCAGGCACAUGCAAAGUGGAGUUGGUUCCUGGUAAUCGCUGUUGCAGCCUCAGUAGUCUUGGUUGCCGUUUAUGUGAGUGAGAUGUGUUUUAAUGUGCCCAAUGUUGGAGAGUGUAUCAGCUGUAACUCGGGCCUCCUAUCUGCCAAAAUGGCAAAGCUCCAAGCAUGUGUUCAUAAGGAUAUGCUUGACACAAGCUUUUUACAUACAGAUUGUCUUGCUCAUUUCAGUUUCCUAGCAAGUAACAUUGUUCCAAAUUGUGCUGAAACUCGCCUGCUAAACGUAUUUCACUGUCAUAAGUAUGCAGCUUUGAUGUGUAGUGCAAAGCCACACAGUUUCCAAAAUUGUGCCUGCAAGAAUACGUAUAAGCCCUUAAAAUAAAUAUAAUUUAAAUUAAAUAUGAUGCAGUUCCUUGCAUAACAAUGCAGACAGCUCACAUGGAGUAGCAGGGAAAGCAAUAUUGCUUUUUGUGUAGCCCAAAAAUUUUGCUAUUUUGUCAUAGUUGUGCAUAUAGCAUAUUCAAAGAAAGCAGUUGAAGGUUUAUGUACGAACUGCUUUAAUGUAGUUCCUAUCAUCACGUAAGACAGUCGCACCAGUGUAAAGACUUUCACACUGGUAUGAAUUCCCUCUUCGUUUAGAAUAACAACUGGAGCUGUUUUCAUAGAAUCUCUAAUGGUAUAUUAAGGUACUCGUCAAAGUCUGGCUGAGGUUCUCAGAUACCUCAAUAUCUUGGACGCAUUUAUAAGACACUGCUUGCUUUUGAAGUGUAGUAGCAGAUAUGCAAAUUUUAUUAAUAUGCUCAUACAUUGAAAAAAAGAAAACAAGGUUUGAUUGCAGGGCUAGUACAAUGUCAAAAAAUAUAGUGCAUGCCUCUUUGACGUCAAACAAUCAGAAUGAAUGACAAGCUGAGCUGUUAACAUUUUCUUAUGGGCAUUUUUUUUAGAACCCUGUGUGUACUGCUCACACAAAGCUACGAUCAUACGCUUUGACAUAACAGCGAGAUAAGUUGAUGUGCUUGGCGCUGUGGGCUUGCAAUCUGCAUGCAAGUGUUACACAGGAGGCAGGCACCUUGUUCUUGCCACAAGCAUGUCAACAGUUUGAUUUUGUACAUUCUUCAGCUAGCAUGAAAUAUAUGUUAAGUUUCUAUAUGAGCAAAAGAAUAAGCCUUUAGAAGCCCUUGUGGAAUCCCAGGGGUUGCAUAGUGGUGGCCAUAGUCAUCUUUCUUGGUGGUGAUACAUCGAGUCCCAAGCUAAAUUCUUCUAAGCUGCAUGUUGUCUUUGAAAGCUUUACACUAAGCAAGCAUAGUAAACUACACUGGAGGUACAGCUUUAUCUUUUCCUGCUGAGAAAUUCAUCUUAGUGGUAUAGUCAUAAAUGCAAGUAGGGGUAUGCGAAUAUCCGAAACUUUCAAGUAACGAAUCAAAUAAUGUCCUAUUUGAUUCGGUCUUAAAAUCGAAUAGACCAUUCAUAAAUGGGAAUACUUUUCAAAUAUUUCAUAAUGUCAGCUGUACCCAAGCAAACAUCAUGUUGGAGCAAAAGGACGGUAAAUUUUCAUCCCCGCGGGCAUAGUAUAGACAUAAAACAUGCUAACUUAUGUUGUGGAGCAGGCUACAUCAAUUAGGUAGCCAUACUUUGCAGGCUCUACAGUGGUCAUUCGCACUCUCUUAAAAGCCAUGUGCAUGUAAAAAAAACACUUGUUUGCUCCCAAGGCUUCACUUGUGCUUUUAAUACAUAGCACUUCAAAAUGUACUAUGUAAUGACAGGAACUUGCUGAACUUAAGAAUGCUGUGAUUUUAACAUCUUCUUAUAUUCUGAUAAUGGCUGUUUAUUAUUUGAAAAGUAUUGAAUAUUCCAUUCGAAUUGUUUCUGGCACUAUUCGAUUUGUCGGUCUCAAAAAUCACUGUUCGCACACCCCUAAAUACAAGUCACGAUUGUCAUACCAGCAUCUCUACAUGAUCAUUUGGUGCACUCAAGGUUUAUCAAUAAGCCUGUGAACCGGAUUUGUACCCAUCAGCCACAUGUGGUUUAUUCAAUUGCUGCUGGAGCUACUAGUUCAUCACACAAGCCAUUUUUGUCCAUAGGGCAUUUCAUAAAAGUUACUGAACCUUAAAGAAACGUUUUAGAAAAAGAUUGUAAUCCCAGCUUGUACGUACUGAAACAGAGAAAAAAAAAACUUGCUGCUCUCUAUUUUAAUGCACAUACAGCUGAUGCAACCUUGCAACUGAAAAAUUUACAUUAAAGAAAGCAAAUUGGCUCGAAGUGUGCCCUUUGUUGCUUGUAAUGUUAAAAUGCUAUUUGGUUCUUGCUGGCCUUGUUAAAGUAGCAGCGUGUCCUCAAUGUGCAUUUGUGACUGCAAUUUUCUGAAGUGCGAGUUGUGAUAUGUGGUCUAGUUUGGGAAAAUACUACGGGGGAUGUUCGGAGCUUGAAGGUGCGUUUAAAUGUCGUGUUUGGAUAUCUAGUGGGGUGUGGGUUUCUUUGUGGUUAUAUUACAUUUCCUGGCACAAGUGUCAUCAUCUUUUUUGUAUGUAAACACGGCUGUUAUAGUAUCAAUAAAGAAAAACUACUCAACA